ACCCAGCCAGAAACCACCUCACAGCAAUCCCUGGACUGGUAGAGUGUUGGUGCGAGCUCAUGUGGGCAGCUCUGAGAUCUCGUUCUCUUCCUCUUUCACCAUCAUGUUCCUCGUUUAUUCAACAAUGGAGGUUAGGGUUGUCGGAUCUCAAUCGCACGCUAUGUUCGGUGUUGACUGAGACAACUGAUAUCGGUGACAACAAAGGCUUACUGGACCUGCAAGAGGUCGAGAAAGUUCUCAGCGAUGUUAAAGCAGACAACAUCACAGUCAUUCCCGUUAAAAAGCACUGCGAUUUCGCCGACUUCAUGAUCGUCGCCACCGGUCGAUCCCCUUGGCACGUUAAGCAGAAGCAAAAAGGAGCCAAGAGGAUGUUGUUGCCCAGUGUGGAAGGGCAAGAGGGAGGCAAGUGGAUUGUCAUCGACUCUGGCACAUUGAUAGUUCAUGCUCUUGAUGAGAAAGUGAGAGCUUAUUACAAUUUGGAGAGGCUUUGGACCGCAGAGACAUCAAACAAAGAACAAACUCAGGAAUUGGAGAAGGCUUUCGUGAAGGUGCGCCGCAAGAAUAACUCUAAAAAACCUGUGCAGUCAAAUGGUUAG